CACAGCUGAGGGCUAUUUCUGUCCUGAGCAGUGAGAGCAUCCCCUGGACACAGGAUUUUCUGUGCCAUUAGUUGCUCACAGUCAUGGGUCAGCUGUUCUCUUCAUCUAAUGAUGAGCGCCACCAAGAUUUGGCCUCCACCUUUAACGAAUAUUUUAUGAAGUUUAAAGUAGAAAACAAAAUCAUUCCUCAAGAAAUCUUAGCUUCAAUUGAGUUAAACUUGUCCAAAGGAAACAUGCAGGAGGCAAACUCUUUGAUCACUAAUGCAUUAAAAGAAAUUGAUAGCACCCCACUCAAUGUGGCUGUGACUGGAGAGUCUGGAGCAGGGAAAUCCAGCUUCAUCAAUGCCCUGAGGGGAAUUGGGCAUGAAGAGAAAGAUGCAGCUGAAACUGGUGUGGUAGAAACUACCAUGGAGAGGCAUCCCUACACACACCCCAAGAUUCCCAAUGUGGUUUUUUGGGACCUGCCUGGCAUUGGAACCACAAAGUUCCCACCCAAAGAUUAUCUGGAGAAAAUGAAAUUCAAUGAGUAUGAUUUCUUCAUCAUUCUUUCUGCCACACGCUUUAAGAAAAAUGAUAUAGACCUCGCCAAAGCAAUCCGCAGGAUGAAGAAGGAUUUCUACUUCGUGAGAACCAAGGUGGACUCUGACUUGAAAAAUGAGAAGGAAUUUAAACAACAAACCUUUGACAAAGAAAAGGUCCUGCAGCAGAUCCGCAGCAGCUGUGUGAGGACCUUUGAGGAGAAUAACAUUGAGAAACCACCCAUCUUCUUGAUCUCUAAUAAAAUCUUUUCUGACUAUGAUUUCCAAAUCCUGAUGGACAAGGUGGUGAAUGAUCUCCCUGUACACAAACGACACAAUUUUAUGCUCUCCUUGCCAAGUCUUACACAUGCGGCCAUUGAAAGGAAGCGGCAGUUCCUGGAGCAGUUCAUUUGGAUCCAAGCCUUUGCAUUUGGCCGACUCAUUAUGAAUCCUUCACGGACCAUCAUAAUGGACAACGAUGUGGAGAAUCUUAGGUACAGCAUGAACUACUAUCGAGCUAUGUUUGGAGUGGAUGAUGCAUCCUUGCAGGGUUUGGCUGAGGACUGGCAAGUGUCGGUGGAUCAGCUCAAGGCAAAGAUGAAAUCUCCUCAUGUGUAUGAAACUACAAGAGAAGAAACAAUACAAGAAAGACUUUCAAGACUUUAUGAAGAGUUUCGUUUGGCUAAGGGGGAUAUAUUUCCUAAGAAUGUUUAUGUUAAAGAAUUGUUUUACCUGAAAUUUUGUUUCCUUGAUAUGGUAAAAGGUGAUGCUAAUGCUCUUCUCAGAGAGAUUUGUGUACAAAAUAACUUGGUUUCUGAUUAGGCUAAAAUCUUGUAGCUGUCAAAAAUCAGAAUCAAUGACAGAAAAAUUGGACACUGAUAUUGCAAAACAACAUACUGGGUUAUUCAGACCAUGGAGGCUUUAUCCAUACUUAGUGAUCAUAUAUCCACAUUAACUGUAGCAAGGGGAUCAGAUAUGUGAAAAUAAUC